CUAGUACUACAGUCUAACGAACCACGUGACUACCAUUGCGCGCCUGCGUGGUACCGCCUCUCUCGUCGGACAUUUUCGCCAAGAUGGUGAACGUUCCGAAGACCAGGCGCACUUUCUGCAAGAAGUGCAAAAAGCACUGUAACCACAAAGUGACCCAGUACAAGACGGGCAAGGCUUCCUUGUACAAGUUGGGAAAGAGACGUUACGAUCGUAAACAGAGUGGUUAUGGUGGUCAAACUAAACCCAUCUUCCACAAAAAGGCUAAAACAACCAAGAAGAUUGUUCUCCGUCUGGAGUGUACUGACUGCAGAUCCAAGCGGAUGGUGGCCAUCAAGCGGUGCAAGCACUUUGAGUUGGGCGGAGACAAGAAGAGGAAGGGACAGAUGAUCCAGUUCUAAGCUGGAAGAGGAAGAAAACUGAAGAUGACCUGAUAGAAAUAAAACAUGCUGUCUAUCAUAUA